GGCGCUUUAAGCGGAGCGCAUUCCUGCACAGCGCGCUCUCACUCACACACCGGAGGACGAGGAGCCGCGGUGACACACACACACAGACACCGCAACGCCUCACCAGAGAGAGAGGCUGCUGGGAGAGCUCACCUAAAACCACCAACAUUGGAGGUGGAGGAAGUGCUGGGUGUCGCCUGAAACAUAGCGGUGUUUACAUGUACGGCAGCCUCGGCUAACAGGAUAAACGUUGUGUGUUCAGCCGCAGCGAUGUCGGAGUUUCUGUUGAGUGUGCUCGGGGAGCGGCUCGUCAACAGCGAGAAAGCCGAGGUGGACGUGCAGUCGCUGGGCUCGAAGCUCCAGCUGGUCGGGCUCUUCUUCGGCUGCAGCCUGAACGCGCCGUGCAAGCAGUUCAACGGCAGCCUGUGCGAGUUUUACACCCGGUUCAAGAAGGCGUCGGAGCACAAGGACAAAUUGGAAAUCGUCUUCAUCUCGUCCGAUCAGGACCAGAAACACUGGCAGGACUUUUUGCAGGAGAUGCCAUGGCCAGGGUUACCUUUCAAAGACAGACACAAAAAGAUGAAGCUGUGGAACAAGUACAAAGUGACCAGCAUCCCAUCUCUGGUGUUUGUGGACGCAGCUACGGGGAAGGUGGUGUGUCGAAAUGGUCUACUGGUGGUCAGAGAUGACCCUAAAGGCCUGGAGUUCCCCUGGGGGCCGAAGCCAUUUGCGGAGGUGGUGGCAGGGCCUCUGCUCCGGAACAACAGGCAGACAACAGACAUCAGCUCUCUGGAGGGACACUACGUGGGCGUGUACUUCUCAGCACACUGGUGCCCGCCUUGCCGCAGUUUGACCCGGGUCUUGGUGGAAACAUAUCGAAUCGUAAAAGAGUCUGGUCAGAAGUUUGAGAUCGUGUUCGUCAGCGCUGACAGGUCGGAGGAGUCCUUUAAGCAGUACUUCAGCGAGAUGCCGUGGUUGGCGGUGCCGUAUUCGGACGAGGCUCGGCGGUCACGACUCAACAGACUAUAUGGAAUACAAGGUAUUCCCACGCUGGUCCUGCUGGACGCAGAGGGUCACAUGAUCACGCGACAGGGCCGCGUUGAGGUGCUGAACGACCCGGAGUGCCGGCUCUUCCCUUGGCAUCCUCGGCCCGUGCUGGAGCUCAGCGAGUCCAACGCCGUGCAGCUCCACGAGGGGCCCUGCCUUGUCCUGUUUGUGGACGCAGAGGAAGAAGGCGAAUUGGAGCCGGCCAAGGAGCUGAUUCAGCCAAUAGCGGAGAAGCUUAUGGCCAAGUACAAAGCCAAGGAGGAGGAGAUGCCGCUGCUGUUCUUUGUGGCUGGAGAGGAUGACAUGAGUGACUCCCUGCGGGACUACACUAACCUCCCAGAAGCAGCGCCUCUGCUCACCAUCCUGGACAUGUCGGCUCGCGCCAAGUACGUCCGCGACGUAGAGGAGAUCACGCCGGCCGUAGUGGAGCAGUUUGUCGGCGAUUUCCUGGCUGAAAAGCUCAAACCAGAGCCCAUCUAAAGAGGAAGUCCACAUAUAAAUGGGACGUACUAUAUGGGAAUCACUCCAUCAUCGAACCCUGACCUGUUGACCCUUCCCAGCCUCCCACUAUCUCUCCCACCUCCCCCCCUGACUCUGUCAGACUGUUAGAGAGAUGUCUCACUUUUUACUGACAUUUUAACAUUUUUUAGACAUGUUUCUCUUUUCACAGAGUCCUCUCUUUCUCCUGUGGUGCCUUGCAUUGACGAUAGUCCCUACAGUAAUAUAUAUACGGAGAUUCUGUCGGUUCUUUUUUUGUUUUUUGGCCUCAAGAAAAGUAUUUUUUUGUCACCCAAUAGCAUUUCUGAACUCUAGAGAAAAACCAGAGAAUUACCCAGUGGACCUACUUAUUCAGCUGAUUCUUUGCUUUCCUGUUUUUUUGUCUGCGAGUUACUUUUGGUUUCUGAAUGAUGUCGAGGAAGAAUAAAAUGCAUUUUUACAGUCGUAAUUCACAUGUAGUGCAAAAUGUGCUAAACCUCAGUUGGAUGUAGCCGUAAGCCUUUAUGGCCCUAUUUAAAGAAGUAAAAAAAACAGGUGCACAUACAGUAAAGAUCACAUUAUACUUGCUUGUAACAGACCAAUGACUGAUGUUUUAAAGCCCCCUGUGUCUUGUUGUGUGUGCUAUGAUGUGAGUGAAAGUCAUCUCUUGCCAGUUGUUAACGGUGGUUCUCAUCUCAAAGUCAUUACGAGGAUUUUCUGUGAAGAUCCCCUAAUGAAAAGGCCAGGGUUACUUCUGAAGGCACAGAACUGGCAUUUUUGAGAAGUGUUGAAUGUAUAAAUCCCUGUAUUCUGUUACUUCAGUCAUGACUUCUUCUUCUCACACCCAUUAAAAAUUCACUGGCAAGCACAAA